AAAAACGGUGUGUGCUGUGAACACAGUCGCGAAUCAGCAGAAGCCGGAGACACUGUGACAAAAUGCACAGACAGCUGCAGCUUGAGUUAAGGAUUUCGUAAGAUCAAAAGAUCUCUUGCGGCAAAUGCCAGUGUAAAGUGUAGUUCAAUCAUUGGAAUGUAUCGGAAUGUGCUGUGUUUGGUGCUGGGCCUCAUCGUGGGCAUACAGUUGACUGAGUUCUGGGGCUAUCUCACAUUCACAACGGAUGAAUACGAGAGCACAGCGAUUGCAGUGGACACAGCUGCACCCACAUUGCCACUGAAGGUAUCGCUGGCUGAUUGGUUGCACCAUGAGACGCGAGUGUUGUGCUUAGUGUUGACCAUGCCCAAGGAUCAUGCCACGAAGGCGGCCAAGGUGAAAGCCACUUGGGGUUCUCGCUGCAACAAGCUUAUCUUUCUGAGCAGCCAAGAUGAUGCAGAACUUGGAGCUGUCAAUCUCAAUGUGACUGAGAACCGAAGCAAUCUUUAUACUAAAAUGCGUGCGGGAUUAGCUUAUGUCUACAAGCAUUACGUGGAGGAUUACGACUGGUUUCUCAAGGCAGAUGACGACACUUAUGUCAUCAUGGAGAAUCUGCGUUACUUUCUCUAUCCCUACGAUCCAGAGGCACCUGUGUACUUUGGCUAUCGCUUUCGAACAAGUUAUCCUCAUGGCUACAUGUCGGGGGGAGCUGGCUAUGUGCUCAGCCGUGAUGCAUUGCGUCGCUUCAAUCUGUUUGCUUUGAACAGCACAAAGUUCUGUCCGCUGAACAGUCGUCCCGAGGACAGACAAAUUGGCUACUGUCUGCUGAAUGUGGGCGUGGUCGCCGGUGACACUCGGGAUGACAUGGGUCGCGACCGUUUCUUGCCUCUAAAUCCGCGACAUCUGAUGCCUCAAUUACAGCCAGGCACUUGGCUGGAUAAGACCUUUUACUUUAAAAUGAAUUAUUCGGAUUGCUGCUCGGACACGAGCAUCAGCUUUCAUUAUAGCAAGACACAUGACUUUGAUCUGUAUGAGUAUUUUCUGUAUAAAAUACGAGUGCUUGGACAGCCAGAGAUAACGUAUGCGUUACCCAAACGUUUGGAUGGCAAACAGAUGGACCAAAAGCUGGAGUAUUGGAGUGCACAAAACUCGGAUAAUCCCGAGAAGUUGUAAUGAGAAUGAACAAUAAUCUUUGGCAGGCCGAAGUGAGAAUUCCUUAGCAGAGU